CUCAAAGAGCGAUCGCUUGCAUUACUUCCUGGAUCGGAUGAGAAAGCAGCGAAAGCAGCACUUUCAUCUGUUUAUGCUGCGUUUAUGCUUUCGCAUUUCGACUAACAGGACUAAUGGCGUUUCGGAAAGCAGUGAAAGGGACCCUGAUAGGGGGCGGAGCCUUAGCUACAGCCUUCGGCCUAUCACAAUUCAUUGAAUACAGGAGGAAUCAGCCUCACCGGGCUCGGCUGGCGUACGUGGAGGCGGAAGGGCAGCUGAAGAUGGCGUUUGAGGACAGACUUCCAACGCGUGAGGAACAGCUGGCCGCGCUGCAGAACACGCAAGAAUUCGAUGUUCUGGUGGUGGGGGGCGGAGCUACGGGAUCGGGAUGCGCUUUAGACGCCGUCACGCGCAAUCUGAAGACGGCCCUGGUGGAGAGGAGCGAUUUCUCCUCCGGCACCAGCAGCAGGAGCACCAAGCUGAUCCACGGAGGAGUGCGCUAUCUGCAGAAGGCCAUCAUGAGGCUGGAUUAUGAACAGUACAUGAUGGUGAAGGAAGCUCUACAUGAGCGUGCGAACCUUCUGGAAAUCGCUCCUCACCUGUCCGCUCCGUUACCCAUCAUGCUCCCUGUUUACAAGUGGUGGCAGCUGCCGUAUUACUGGGCCGGGAUAAAGAUGUACGACCUGGUGGCUGGGUCUCACUGCCUGAAGAGCAGCUACGUCCUGAGCAAGAGCAAAGCCCUGGAGCUCUUCCCCAUGCUGAAGAAGGACAAGCUGGUCGGAGCCAUCGUCUACUACGACGGUCAGCACAACGAUUCCCGCAUGAAUUUAGCCAUCGCUCUGACGGCGGCUCGCUACGGUGCCACUAUCGCUAACUACACGGAGGUGAUGCAGCUGCUGAAGGCUACAGACCCGCUGACGGGUAAAGAGAAAGUGUGUGGAGCUCGCUGUCGAGACGUGAUCACGGGCCGCGAGUUUAACGUUCGUGCCAAGUGCGUCAUCAACGCCACGGGGCCCUUCACCGACUCGCUGCGUAAAAUGGACAACGAGAAGACGGCCAACAUCUGCCAGCCGAGCGCCGGAGUGCACAUCGUCAUCCCCGGAUACUACAGCCCUGACAACAUGGGGCUGUUGGAUCCCGCCACCAGGGACGGGCGCGUCAUCUUCUUCCUGCCCUGGGAAAAAAUGACUAUCGCCGGGACGACGGACACGCCCACCGACGUGACGGCACACCCCAUCCCCAUGGAGGAGGACAUCAACUUCAUCCUGAGCGAGGUUCGGCAUUACCUCAGCCCCGACGUGGACGUGAGGAGAGGAGACGUCCUGGCAGCCUGGAGCGGCAUCCGUCCACUGGUCACUGACCCCAACUCUAAAGACACCCAGUCCAUCUGCCGCAACCACGUCGUCAACAUCAGCGAGAGCGGCCUGGUCACCAUCGCCGGUGGUAAGUGGACAACGUAUCGCUCGAUGGCCGAGGAGACCCUGGACGCUGCCAUAAAAGAGCACAAGCUUCACGCCAGCCCGAGCAGAACCGUGGGUCUGAUGCUGGAUGGAGGGAAGGACUGGACCCCGACCCUCUACAUCAGACUGGUCCAGGACUACGGUCUGGAGAACGAGGUCGCCCAGCACCUCGCAGCCACCUACGGAGGGAGGGCCUUCGAAGUCGCCAGGAUGGCACAGGUCACUGGGAAGAGAUGGCCUAUAGUGGGAAAACGGCUCGUGUCUGAAUUCCCUUACAUCGAGAGUGAGGUGAUAUACUGUAUUAAAGAGUACGCCUGCACAGCCAUUGACAUGAUCGCCCGGAGGACACGUCUGGGUUUCCUGAACGUCCAGGCCGCUGAUGAAGCUCUUCCACGCAUCGUCGAGAUCAUGGCCAAGGAACUGAAGUGGAACGAGGAGAAGAAGAAUGAGGAACUGAAAGCAGCUAAACAGUUUCUGUACCAGGAGAUGGGCUACAGAGCUCGCGCUGAACAGCUCACCAAGACCUCUGAGAUCUCACUCACACCAGAGCAAGUGGCCAGAUAUAAGAAGCGUUUCUACAAAUUUGACAAAGAGAGCAAAGGCUUCAUUACCACUUUAGAUGUGCAGCAGGUUCUUGAGAAACUGAGCGUUCAGAUCGACGAGAACUCCCUCCACGAGAUCCUCAACGAGGUCGACCUGAACAAAAACGGUCAGGUGGAACUGGACGAGUUUCUGCAGCUCAUGAGCGCCGUUCAGAGGGGACAAAUCUCCGACAGCCGAUUGGCCAUCCUGAUGAAGACGGCGGAGGAAGGCUUGGACUCCAGAGGACCCGUUUCUGUGGACCGCAGCGGUGGAGGAGUGUGAAGCUCGACAUUUUCUACCAGAGCCACAGGUCUGAACAGGUGUCUACGGAAUAUCAAAGACCGGGGCAUUUAUUUAAAGUUUUUUUUUCCAUUAAAAUUAAUUCUUUUUUUUUUUUUUACUUGACAAAAAAUCGAUCAGAAAUAAAAUGUUAGUCUGCAUCAGUUAUAAAACCAAACCAAACAGUCGUAACUCCUAGCACGGCCGACUGCAUCGCUCGGUGCUUGGACCCCUUAAUCGCUUCUGAUUUUAUACCGUAUAGAAGUGAUCAAUAUCUCUUCAGUGCGACCACGGACGCUGUACUUGAACUUGCCUGCUAUCUCUCCAUCCAAACUUGACACUAAAACCGUCUGUCAUAUCAACAAAGUACGUUAUAAGAUAUUUGGACUUGCUGUUGAAUUUAUAUCUGGCAUCGUUGAGUAAAUUUUGAGCUGAGAGAAACUGCGGCCGUAUCGACGAGUCCCACCACUGUGUCAUACUGUAGAUAACAAACUGUGGCUUUUUAUAUCUUGUGCAAUAAUAAUGACAUCCUGCUGUGUCGUGUUGCUGUACGGUUGCCCGGUCGCGGACGCAUGCUGUGGCGUUAUUGUCCCUCGCUCGAUAGCAUGACCCGUGUGUGACGAGCGCCGCCCUGAAGUCCACCGGUAUUAUAGUUUUCUUUAGCUGUGCCAUUUGUACUGUUUGUAUAAUGUGAUUGCACAAGGACACGUGCGUUUGCAUGAAUGUGUGUGACGUGCUACGGGCCAAGCUACUGUGAUGCAAUUUUCCUGCACUUCUUCUCCUCUUCUUCAUCUUCAGGUUUGCACUCGCUGCACAAUUGUACACAUGCACUGAUACUCAUUUUCCAGCACUUCAACACUGCCAUUUCACUGGUCUGCUGACUUUUUCUAAAAGAACAGUCGAAAUGUGGAACCAAAAGAGAAGGACGGCACACGAUCUAGUGCUUGGACCCCGUAAUCGCUCCUUGCUUGUAGUAUUCACUUGUGAUUUUUUUUAUUUAAUUUUUUUUUCUAUAUUUUUCACUUGUGAUUUUUUUUAUUUUAUUUUAUUUUUUUAUAUUUUUCACUUGUGAUUUUUUUUAUAUUUUUCACUUGUGAUUUUUUUAUUUUAUUUUUUUAUAUUUUUCACUUGUGAUUUUUUUAUUUUAUUUUUUUAAUAUAUUUUUCAAUUGUUUUUUAUUUUUUAUUUUUUUUAUUUAUUUAAUUAAUUUAUAAUGUAUUUACUUUGCACUUCCUGAUCUUUUUGUGAUCUUGAAUUCAUGUUUUUCGCUUAAAUACGCACAGUGUUUUCGGUCCAGUUUCAUUCAGUCAAAAAGGAAAUCUUUUUUGUAGUCUUGUGGUUCAUUUUAAACUUAUAUAAGUUCAUUAGUUAUUAUUAUUAUUAUUAUUAUUAUUAUUAUUAUUAUUGUUAUCAUAGACAUUACAUACCAUAUGCUACUGCAGCCUUUAUGAUGUAUUAACUUUAAACAUUUAUAAAUAAUACAUUAAAUGUGCCUUGUUUUCUAUCAAUUGAAGACUGAAACAAUUACACAACUGAAUAUUUUACUACUGUCAUUUCUUUCUGUAUAUUAAUACGAUUAUUAUUCAGACUUUUUUGUGCCCUGACGUCUGGACACAGUGUCGUGUCUCACAGAUGUUCCGGCAUCAUCGUGCGAUACAGUUAGGAGUUAAUUGUCUGAUUUGUCGUAUAUCGAAUGUUGUGUCUGGAUGAAAUUUCACUCUGUGUGUGUGUGUGUGUGUGUGUGUGUGUGUGUGUGAGACUGGCAGAUGGAGAUUUGUUUAAGGAAAAAAAAACCCAACUGUACAGUAAAUUACUCUGCAACACCUGAGACAUGGAAUUAUGGAAUUAAUUAUAAUGAAACGUAAUUAAACACAAUUAAACAGA